CUGAUAAGCCAUCCUCCGUACAGUCCUGACCUGAGCCCAAACAAUUUCUUUACAUUCCCUAGAAUGAAAGAUUUAUUACGUGGUCAACGGUUUGAGUACCCCGAAGCAGUUGUGGAAGCGUACGAAUCAGCCAUUUUGUCAACAUCAACUUCAGACUGGAAUUACUGUUUUAGUGAUUGGUUUGCACGAAUGGAAAAGUGCAUUAAGUUGAACGGAGAAUACUUCGAAAAACAAUAA